UAUUUUAAUCCCGCCCCUUUCGUGCCAGCUUUAUAUUCUUCCCUCAACUAGUCCUUUUUUACUCACUUUUUCCAGUUGUUGUUUUUCUAGUCCUUUUUCCUUCCCUAUUCCCGGUGUUCGUCCCCUUCCCUUUUUCCUCAUACUUGUUCCUAUUUUUGCGUCGGCCCAAUAUUCCCCUCAUGUUUGUAUUUUAAAUUUAGAUAAAUAAUUUCGGAUCAAGUUUAUAUUUUUAUUGGGGAAUGGGUAAGAACUGGUAACCCGCUCAUCAUACUUCCUAUCUAAAAAACAAGCGGUUCUGGUGCCUAACGAUUUCAUUUUUUAGUACAUUGGGCUCGCGGUACACUAGCCUGCUCCCCAUUUUUUACGAGCUCGGAAUUUAGAGUCCCUUUAGUUUUUCGUUCUAUUCCUUCUCUUCCUCCUUUAUCAGCCUCCUUUAUCAACUAGCUCCUAAAAAACGAGGUUCGUUAUAUGACAGUUCCAAUUUUUACAAGUCCCAGAAACCGUAUAGAAUGUCUCUUAUUUUACUUAGGUGAGGACCCUGUUGCAAUUCAACGUUUACGUGAGGCUGUUGAAAAAGCAAAAUGUGAACUGUCCGCAUCUACAUUAACUGAAAUUAUUCUUCCAAAUAUUAUUCUUGAUACUAAUGGACUAAAACAUUUUCGAAUAAAAUUGACACGUUCAAAAUUUGAGAAAUUGACUGAAAAUUUGAUACAAAAAAUUGUUCAACUUGUUCAAAAAACAUUAAAUAAUGCUGAAAUGGAAAAUCAAGCAUAUGAUAAGGACGCACAAUUAGACAAUGUGGAGAAAGAUUUACAACAAUCUACUAGUGAUAUCUCAGUUUUAGUUGUUGGAGGGAUGUCAAAAAUUCCAAAGAUUAAAAAUGGUUUUGAAGAAAUUUUUAAGAAGAAGAAAAUAUAUAAUGAUUCCCAACUUGAGGAUGGAGCAAUUUCAACUGGCGCUAUUUAUUUGGGUGUUCUUUUUGGCGAUAUAAAUUAUUUGGAUGACAGACGGGCAUCUAACAACCGAAUUUUUGCAGCGGCUUCACAAAAAAUGUUUAUUGAAGAAAGAAUUAUUGAUAGAAUGUUUGAUAGGAGACUUGCUAAGAGGGUAUUUUAUAUUUUUUUGUAUAACUUUUUUAAACUUUUUUGGAUACUAUUACAUUAUCGUCUCAUAUUGUUAUUUUUAUCUAUAGGAGUGAGCCAAAAAAACCCAAAAAAAAAGUUACCGAAAAUUUUUAGGGGCCAGAAAUUUUCUAGCUAA